AUGAUCCUCCGGCUUUCUUUGCUUGUAGUUUUCUUCUUGCUUGCGAAAGCUGAAGCGCAAUUGCGUGCACCGACCCAUGGCGUAGACGACAACACAACUCUCAGCGAUGGACCUCAAACUGAGCGACGUUUGAUGAAGCACAUCGAAUUGCUUGGCAACAACGGGCGCCCACCGAAGGGAAGUCUACCACUGCAAGAAUGCCAAGGAGACUGCGACAAUGAUGACGAGUGUGGCGAUGGUAUGGUGUGUUUCCACAAGCCACCGUUUACAGCAGUGCCCAAUUGCAUCGGUGGGGAUUACGACAAGAGCAAAUCAGGAAUACGCCCCAGAAGGCCUCCCCAAACAGCACGCCCAACCCCAGCCCCUGCACCACAGCCCACCAAAUACACCACUCCGACGCCCCCCUCCGGCAAUCCUCGAAUCAAACUUGUUGGGAACCGACGAUGGGCACCGGGAUCUCUGGGUCUCUGUGAGGGUGAUUGCGACAAGGACAGGGAUUGCGAAGGAGACUUUGUAUGCCAGCAGCGUGGACGGGGUGAUCCAGUAAGAGGGUGCGAUGGUUAUGACGGAAGCAAAACUGAUUACUGCGUGUUGCCUCGAGGUGGAAUCAUGCCCACUACGCCAACAAACCCAGGCACGCCAACGAAGAGUCCGACCUCCCGCCCCACCGAUCGCCCGACUACUGACUCUCCUACAAGCCAAAGUCCAAAGUUCCGCCUCAAGUUGUACUGGGAGGAUGGAUACUACUGGCAGGAAGAGACCCGGGAGAGAAAGUGGUGUGCCGUAUUUGACUAUAAGGGGCUCCCGGGUGACGGGAGGUGCUGGUAUGGACGUCAACGUCGAGCUUGCCGGCCUGAUCAAGUGUACGUCACGAAAUGCAAGGACGAAUACCGCCAAUACUUUCGAUUUGUCAAGCUUGGAAGCAACUUGGUGCAAAUCAAACUGGGAGAUGGAAGGAACCUUUGUUUUCAGCGCGUCUCAACUCAGAUUUUCCUUCGAACUUGUGAUGAGAAAAACAAGUAUCAACAAUGGUAUGCCCCCAAUGGAAGUUUUGAUGGCUCAAAAUUUGAGUUGAGCCAGCACAGUAAUCCAAGACAGUGCAUGACACAAGCUCACCAUCCCAAGGCUGGAGAAGUUGUUGAAACCCAUUCUUGCAAAGCAGCCAGAAGUGAUGAGCACGAGACAUCCUUUUGGAAUAAGUAUUGA